AAACAAGAAGAAGACCGGCACAAAAAUCGUGCAACAAACCAGACAGAGAGAAGUGAUAAUACAAAGCUAUUUUUUGUUGAAAAAGAUAAAGAGAGAGAUGAUGAUGACCUCGACGACGGCUUCAGUGGCUCCAUUUUCUCCUCCAAUUUUAACCAAAGUGUGCAGAUAUAAAGAAGCUGCUGUGUAUGGAAAGCUUGGAAGCAGAAGCAGAAGAGUUGUUAGUGUUAAAGCUUCUUCCUGCAAUUCUUCCGAUGAGCCCAUUCUUAGAGAAGCUCUUAAGCAGGAGCCUGUUGCAUUCUUGGGAGGUUUGUUUGCAGGCCUUCUAAGGCUUGAUUUGAAUGAAGAUCCUCUCAAAGAAUGGAUCAGUAGGACUGUCGAAGCCUCUGGGUUAACUGCUGAAGAAGUUGAGGCUAAAGAUGAUGAACAAGACAAUGUUCCAGAAGAGAUUGAGAUAGAAUGAUCCAAACCAGAAUGAUUUCCUCCUUAGCCACAGUUGAAAGUGGAGAAGGGUCUAUAUUUCACGACUGUAAUACAUGUAGAAGCCAUGCCUUGUAAAGAACAUGUAUCCUUAAUAUGAAGUUAAAAGUACCAGAUUGUAAUCAGUACCUCUUUAUUUUCUCUAUUUAUUUUUUAAAAUACGUAUAGAUGAUAAUGUAAUCAAGUUAACUCACAUGUUCAUUGGUUGCUUGUAUUUUGAAACUCCUAUAAAGUAUAAUUUCAUAAUUUUUUUUAA